AAGUAUACGACGAGGACUUAAUAUUAAGUAUACGCACACAAACAUUCAGCUAAAAUGCGGGAAAGUGUUAGACUGUUGGCAACAUUGCUAUUGGCCAGCCUUGGUUGUUUUAGCCAAGCUUCGGAUUACUUUUCAUCCAUCUCAGGAUUGGAGCAGUUGCUUCACACGGAGCACACUUUAAUGAGUGACUUGAGUUCGCAGCUGGCUCAGACUCGAAUUACUUUGCAGCAGUUGGAAAAAGAGCUGGCCGCAAUAGAGGUGGAACAUGCACUGGCUGCAAGAGGCACCGAGAACUAUCUAACCAAUCCAAUCAACGUCUAUCGAUUGAUGAAGCGUCUGCACACGGACUGGUCACAGCUGGAAAGUCGAGCACAGCAAAUGAGCAGCCAAAUCCAUUUUAAUAUAACCCAACACUACGGAUUGAACUUUCCCAGCCAGGAGGAUGUCGAUGGUGCCGCAUUGGCACUGGUUCGCCUGCAGAGCACCUAUAAAUUGGACGUGGCCCAAGUGGCUGCCGGCAUACUCAAUGGCAUCAAAUAUGGCACGGACAUGAGCUGGCAGGAUUGCUUUGUGUUGGGUCAACAACUCUUUGAAAUGGAGGACUACAACAACACCAAAGUGUGGCUGCGCGAGUCCAUGGAGCGAUUGCGCCGCCACCAGCCACAUCCCAACACAGCACCUGAGCCAUCGAUAGUGAACAGCAUGGAGAUGGUGGCCAAGAGUUUAUUCCAAAUGGGCGACUUUGACACGGCAUAUGAGUUGAGUCAGCGUGUGCUCGAGCUUGAUCCAUCGCGUAUCCGGAACUGGCACCUGGGCGACAAGGCCGCCAAGCUGGUGAUGGUUGAGGAUGUGCCACAACUACAAAGCGCCGAAGACUAUAAACUCACACAGGAGUUCGCCCAGUAUGAGAAGGUGUGCCGUGGUGAGGUCAUCCCCUCCCCAGCCCAACAGCGUCCCUUGCGCUGUCGCUAUGCACGUGGACAACACGCCUAUCGACUGCUGGCACCGCUCAAGCUGGAGGAGCACAGCUUGGAUCCGUUCGUGGUGACCUACCAUGACAUGCUGAGCCCACACAAAAUCGCCGAGCUGCGACAAAUGGCCGUGCCGCAUAUGAAGCGUUCCACAGUCAACCACAAGCUGGGGGGCAAGGGCAUGAAGUCCGAAUUUCGCGUCAGUAAAAAUGCUUGGUUGGCCUACAACACGCAUCCGACAAUGGGGCGUAUGUUGCGUGAUAUGAGCGAUGCCACCGGGCUGGACAUGACCUACUGCGAGCAACUGCAGGUGGCCAACUAUGGAGUCGGGGGGCACUACGAGCCACAUUGGGACUUCUUCCACGAUAGCCGACAUUAUCCCGCCGAAGAGGGCAACCGCAUUGCCACAGCCAUAUUUUAUCUGUCGGAUGUGGAGCAGGGCGGGGCCACAGCUUUUCCCUUUCUCGACUUUGCAGUGCGGCCGCAACUAGGCAACGUAUUGUUUUGGUAUAAUUUACAUCGCUCUCUCGACAUGGACUAUCGGACCAAGCACGCUGGCUGUCCAGUUCUAAAGGGCAGCAAGUGGAUUGGUAAUGUUUGGAUACACGAGGCUACUCAGACUUUUGCUCGGCCCUGUGACGUCUAUCGAGAUAAUGAAGCUUCGCUAGGCUAUGAUAUUAUUAGAUAAAUAUAUAUAUUAUUUUUAAUUAUG